CCAUCUUCUUUUUUCACCUCAAAUUCUUCAUCAUCUUCUUCCCUCUUGUUUAUUUUUUAACAACUACUAUUUUGAUUUAGCUUGGAAGAUUCUUUGUGUUCUAGAGGUGUUUCAGUUAUUGUACAUAUAGAAGAUCAGUAAUAUACUUUAUAGAAAAACAAGUUUUCUGGAAUUAGGGUUUUAGGUAGCAGUAGAGAAUGAUCUGCUUUGUUGCUUGACUAAUCUAACGGUUUGGAUUCCAUCAGAGGAUCAGAUGGCGAUGCUCCGUCGCUUAUUCUACAAAAAGCGACCCGAUCACCUUCUCGAGAUCUCUGAGCGUGUUUAUGUUUUUGACUGUUGUUUCUCUGCCAAUGUCAUGGGAGAGGAUGACUACAAACUCUACUUAGGUGGCAUCGUGGCUCAGCUACAGAAACUUUUCCCAGAUGCAUCUUUCAUGGUGUUUAACUUCAAAGAAGGAGAAGAGCCUAGUCUAAUAUCAAAUGUCUUGUCUCAGUACAACAACAUGACGGUUAUGGAAUAUCCUCGGCAUUUUGAGAGUUGUCCUCUUUUACCUCUUGAAAUGAUCCAUCACUUUUUGAGAUCGAGCGAGAGCUGGUUGUCUUUGGAAGGUCAACAGAAUUUUCUGUUGAUGCAUUGCGAAACAGGUGGUUGGCCUAUUCUUGCGUUUAUGUUAGCAGGGCUUUUGUUAUACAGAAAGCAGUAUCAGGGAGAGGAGAAGACUCUUGAGAUGGUGCAUAAACAGGCUCCCAAGGAGCUUCUUCAGAUAUUGUCUCCUUUAAACCCUCAGCCUUCUCAACUCAGAUAUCUUCAGUACAUUUCUGGAAGAAGUUUAGGGGUUGAUUGGCCUCCUUUAGAUACGCCUCUUCUUUUGGAUUGCUUGAUUCUUAGAGAUCUCCCACGUUUUGAUGGCGGUAAAGUUUGCAGACCAGUUUUACGAGUUUAUGGUCAGGAUCCUAAAGCCAGAGCCGACAGGAGUUCUAUAGUUCUCUUUUCCACACCAAAGACAAAUACACACACUCGCCUCUACCAACAGGAAGAGUGUACCAUGGUGAAAUUUGAUAUUCAGUGCCGUGUCCAAGGGGAUGUUGUUCUGGAAUGUAUACACUUGCAUGAUGAUUUGGUGCAUGAGGAGAUGGUCUUUAGAAUCAUGUUCCACACAGCAUUUGUAAGUGGUAAUGUUUUAAAGGUCCAACGUGAUGAGAUGGAUAUACCUUGGGAUGCCAAGGACCAGUUCCCAAAGGAAUUCAAAGCAGAGGUAUGUUUUUCUGGUGCUGAUCCCAUGUUGCCUACUAUCGUAACAUCCUCAAUGUCAGAAGAUGAGAAGGACUCAGAUAUCAUCACUUCACCUGAAAAAUUCUAUGAGGUGGAGGAGACUUUUAGCCAUGUGAUUGAUGACCAUAAGAUUGACUCAGAUAGUUUUGCAGUAGUUGAUACUGCUUCGGAUGAUUCUGAGGGUAAAGAGGUGUGGAAGGGGGACGUGGAACCCAAUGCGUUUCUAGAUUGUGCAUCUGAUGAUUCAAAUCAUAAACGUGAUGUGCAUGAGGAGGCUAGCACAGAUCCAGUUAAAGAUAUAACUGUUGAUGGUGUACAGUAUGUGUCAGAUGGGAAAGCAGAUAUUAGUAUCGACUCAGUGAAGGAUAUAGGAAUAGAUGAUGGUGAUGAGCAGCGGAAGAGAAGGACUAUGGAAGCAAAUGAAAGUGAUUCUAUAACAGCUGAGAGUCCACACAAAGGUGGUGGAGAUGGCAAUGAUUUAGAGUCUACAUCUCAGGAAACGCAAGCUACACCAAGGAAACAGGCCGGAGAAAAUGCAAAACUGGUUGGAGAUUUACUCAAACCGAAGUUUCCUGUAUACUUAUCACCGGGUCAAACCAGCAGCCACUCUCAAACAUCUCAUAUCCCACUGCCACCGCCUCCUCCACCACCACCUCCGUUUGCAUCUGCCAGGCGAAACAGUGAAACCAAAUUACCUCCUCCACCACCACCUCCACCACCGUGGAAGUCUAUGGAUACUUUGGGUUCUGAAACUCAUGAGACAUGCUCUACAUCUUACAGUUCUCCACCACCUCCUCCACCACCACCUCCUCCUCCUUUUAGUAAAGCACAUUCAGUCCCUCCACCUCCACCACCACUACCUCCUCCACUUAGUAAAGCACAUUCAAUCCCUCCUCCUCCUCCACCUCCACCUCCUCCUCCUUUUAGUAAAGCACAUUCAGUCCCUCCGCCUCCACCACCUCCGCCUCCUUUUAGUAAAGCACAUUCAAUCCCUCCUCCUCCUUUUAGUAAAGCACAUUCAGUCCCUCCGCCUCCACCACCAACUCCUCCUCUUAGUAAAGCACAUUCAGUCCCUCCUCCUCCACCGCCUCCUCCGAGUUAUGGACCUCCAAUUCCUCCACCACCUCCUCCUCCGAGUUAUGGACCUCCUCCUCCUCCACCACCGCCUCCUUUUAGUAAAACUUCACCUCCUCCUCCUCCACCACCACCUCCAUUUAAGUCUGGUGGACCUCCGCCGCCACCACCACCUCCAUUGAGGUCUGGUGGACCUCCCCCGCCACCUCCCAUACCAAUGGGUGCUCCACCUCCACCACCUCCUCCAAUGCGUGGAGAUGCCCCACGGCCACCACCUCCCCCGAUUCGUGGAGGAGCCCCUCCUCUGCCUCCUGGACCAAGACCUCCAGGUGGUGGACCUCCUCCACCUCCUGGACCAAGACCUUUUGGUAGUGGACCUCCUGAUCCUAAGGGUGCAGGAGGAGGGCGUAUUCUACGUCCACCUCAAAAAAAGUCUUCUCUGAAGCCUUUAUAUUGGGUUAAACUAGCAAGGGCCUUGCAGGGAAGCUUAUGGUACGAGUUCGAGAGACGUGGAGUAGGAAAAAUUGCACAAGAAUUUGAUGUAUCAGAAAUAGAGACGCUGUUCCCUGCUACAGUGCCAAAACCGGCUGAUAAAUCUGGAGGUCGAAGAAAACCGAUAGUGCCAAAACUUGAAAAAAUUCAACUGAUUGACCUUAAGAGAGCCAAUAACACGGAAAUUAUGCUUACGAAAGUAAAGAUGCCACUGCCUGAUAUUACGGCUGCUGUGCUGGCAAUGGAUGAUACUGUAUUAGAUAUUGAUCAGAUAGAGAAUCUUGUAAAGUUUUGUCCAACCAAGGAAGAGAUGGAAGUUCUUAAGAACUACAAGGGUGACAAAACAAUCUUGGGAAAGUGUGAGCAGUACUUCCUAGAGCUAAUGAAGGUGCCACGAGUAGAAUCAAAGAUGAGAGUAUUUUUAUUCAAGAUUCAGUUCAGCACUCAGAUUGCAGAAUUCAAGAAAAGUUUAAACGCGGUAAAUUCUGCCUGUGAUGAGAUCCGUACUUCAGAAAAGCUAAAAGAAAUUAUACAAAGGAUUCUUUACUUGGGGAACAUAAUGAACCAGGGGACUGCGAGAGGCGCUGCAGUAGCAUUCAAGUUGGACAGUUUAUUAAAAUUAAACGAUACACGUGCUGUUAACAGCAAGAUGACUCUCAUGCAUUAUCUCUGCAAGGUCAUUGCUACUAAGGCGUCAGAUCUACUUGACUUCCAUAAGGAUCUUGAAAGUCUUGAGACAGCUUCAAAGAUACAAUUGAAGUCGCUGGCUGAGGAAAAGGAAGCUAUUAUCAAAGGGUUGGAAAUACUGAAGCAGGAGCUCACUGCAUCCGAAAGUGAUGUUCCUGUUUCUGAAGUUUUCCGUAAAACAUUAAAGGAGUUCAUUACCAUUGCUGAGGCUGAAGCGGAAACUGUAAAGAGUCUUUACUCCGACGUGGGAAAGAAUGCUGAUUUACUCUCGGGCUAUUUUGGAGAGAAUCCCAAAAACUGUACAUUUGAACAAGUUACUGUAACACUCGUGACUUUUGUAAGGUUGUUUAAAAGUGCACACGAGGAGAAUAUGAAGCAAGUGGAAUUGGAUAAGAAGAAAGCAGCUAAGGAAGCGGAAGUGGAGAAGGCGAAAGGAGUUGCUCUCAAGAAAACAAAAAAAGCAGUUGAUGAUAGCUGACGCAGAAACAUAAAUCUUAUUUUGCAAACUCCUCCUUAAUCUCUCACAGCGAGAGGCGGUGCAGUGCUGUUCAAGUAACCUUUAUGGAAAGUGGUACAGAGCGGUUUGUGUGGUGAAGACAGGAUCAGGUACUAAUGGGAGUGAGAUUCUCCUGUGCGGGCUAUCGAGGAACCACUGGAAGAUAAGAGACAGGUCUUUCCUUCACUCACGUUACAUGACUAAACUCCACAUUGGUUAAUUCUAUUUCACUUGUAAAUUACCUGUUUUAUAUAUAUUUUGUUUCCUGAUUAGAGGAGUGUUUUGAUAGAUUGUAAGUGUUGUAUAGGUUUGACGUAGAGGGAAAGAGAGCAGAUGUAGAGUCUAAAUGUGUAAAUGUAUCAAACCACAUUAUCAAUUUUCUUUUCAGUAAGUAGACG